UCUGAAAUCUGUUUCUUUUAUCACUUUUUGUGAGUUGAAAUUAAAGAGAAAUCCACUAACUUUAUAAUGGCAACUUCUUGUUUUCCUCCAUUUUCUGCUUCAUCUUCUUCAUUAUGUUCUUCCCAAUUUACACCUUUGCUUUCUUGCCCAAGAAAUACCCAAAGAUGUAGAAAGAAGAGACCCGUUAUGGCGAGUAUGCACUCAGAAAAUCAAAAGGAAAGUAAUGUCUGCAACAGAAGAGCGAUUCUUUUUGUGGGGUUCUCAGUUCUUCCACUUCUCAAUUUGAGGGCAAGAGGCUUGUCAACAGAUUCGCAAGCACAGCCGCAGAAAGAGGAAACAGAGCAAACAAUCCAAGGAAGUGCAGGGAAUCCCUUCGUUUCUCUGCUUAAUGGACUUGGUGUUGUUGGUUCAGGCGUGCUUGGUUCUCUUUAUGCCUUGGCUCGAAAUGAGAAGGCAGUUUCAGAUGCAACCAUUGAAUCUAUGAAAAAUAAGCUGAAGGACAAGGAAGAUGCAUUUGUUACAAUGAAGAAGCAAUUUGAGUCUGAAUUGCUGAACGAAAGGGAAGAUCGAAAUAAGCUAAUUAGGCGAGAAGGUGAAGAGCGGCAAGCUUUGGUUAAUCAGUUAAAAUCAGCGAAGACUACAGUUAUAAGCCUUGGUCAGGAGCUGCAAAACGAAAAAAAACUUGCUGAAGAUCUUAAAUUUGAGAUCAAGGGCCUUCAAAAUGACCUCAUGAAUACGAAGGAGGAUAAGAAGAAAUUGCAGGAAGAGCUUAAAGAGAAGCUUGAUUUGAUACAAGUUCUUGAAGAAAAGAUUACUUUGCUUACUACAGAGAUCAAAGAUAAAGAGGUGAGUCUUCGGAGUAGCACCUCUAAACUAGCUGAAAAAGAAUCGGAGGUAAAUAGUUUGAGCUCUAUGUAUCAACAAUCCCAGGAUCAGCUGAUGAAUUUGACUUCAGAGAUCAAAGAACUUAAAGAUGAAAUCCAGAAAAGAGAGAGAGAACUGGAGUUGAAAUGUGUAUCAGAAGACAACCUGAAUGUGCAAUUAAAUUCUUUGCUCCUCGAGAGAGAUGAAUCUAAAAAAGAGCUUCAUGUUAUUCAAAAGGAAUACAGUGAGUUCAAGUCCAAUUCUGAUGAGAAGGUGGCUUCAGAUGCGAAGCUGUUGGGGGAACAAGAGAAGAGACUACACCAGCUUGAGGAACAACUUGGCACUGCCUUAAGUGAAGCAAGUAAAAAUGAAGUGCUAAUUGCUGAUCUGACUCGAGAAAAAGAAAACCUUAGGAGAAUGGUGGAUGCUGAGCUGGACAAUGUAAACAGGUUGAAGCAAGAGAUUGAAGUCACUCAGGAAAGUCUUGAGAAUUCAAGAAGUGAAGUUUCUGAUAUAACUGUACAACUAGAGCAGUUGAGGGAUCUUUGCUCCAAACUUGAAGCUGAGGUUUCUAAACUUCAGAUGGAAUUGGAGGAAACAAGGGCAUCAUUACAGAGGAACAUCGAUGAAACAAAACACGGUUCAGAGCUCUUAGCUGCUGAGUUGACCACUACUAAGGAGCUUCUAAAGAAAACAAAUGAAGAAAUGCACACUAUGUCAGAUGAACUAGCAGCUGUUUCUGAAAAUCGUGAUAGCUUACAGACAGAGCUAGUUGAUGUCUAUAAGAAAGCAGAACAUACUGCUAAUGAACUGAAACAAGAAAAGAGCAUUGUUGCAACACUAGAAGAAGAGUUAAAAUUUCUGGAGUCUCAAAUUACACGAGAGAAAGAGUUACGGAAGAGUCUGGAAGACGAGUUAGAAAAGGCUACAGAAUCUCUUGACGAGAUUAACCGAAAUGUGUUGGCACUAGCAGAGGAGCUGGAGCUUGCUACUUCUCGUAAUUCUAGCCUCGAAGACGAGAGAGAAGUGCUCCGACAGUCUGUUUCUGAGCAGAAGCAAAUUUCACAAGAAGCCCAAGAAAAUCUGGAAGACGCCCAUAGCCUGGUGAUGAAACUUGGCAAGGAACGCGAAAGUCUUGAGAAGAGAGCAAAGAAAUUGGAAGAUGAAAUGGCAGCAGCAAAAGGUGAGAUUUUGCGGCUACGGAGCCAAAUAAACUCAGUGAAAGCUCCAGUGGAGGAUGAGGAAAAAGUUGAAGCUGGGGAAAAGGAAAAGGUGAAGGCAACAGUAACUGCAAAGAAAACUACCAGGAGAAGGAAGAGUGCUACUGUUAAGCAAGAGGAAUCAUAGUUGGCUGUUUCUGAAUGACAUAAUCUUCUUCUUCUUUUGUCCCUGACUCAUUUGUUCGCAACAUUUAUAGAGAGGCCAGAAUUAGGACAUUGCCAUUGGAACAAGCUGUAUUGUCUCUUUGAGUAUACAUUUCCAGGCGAGAAGUUGCAGAAACAAAUGACUGAUCUCUUGAUAUUCAGUCAAUGUUGCAGCUUUCAUGAAUGAAAUAAUUGUAUUGUAACCAAUAUGUAAAGCACUUUAUUAGUGCCAUGUUAUCAGUAAUAAAAAUUAAAACAAUAAAUCAGCUAAAAA